AUGGCGGGGCUGAAGGUGACCAGCAUCCGUUUCCUGCCGGUGUUCGAAAGCGGCAGUGCCGGCAAUGAGGACUGGUUGGACGGGGACACCUGGUUCCAGGUGUACACGGGGUUACUUCAGCACGUGUUGGAGAGAGCGAAGACCGGGGAGCAGUUGCCGCCCUUGGCGAAUCUCACCGCGGGGGAGAUCGGGUCGUUGCGGUCGUUCAAGCGCGAGUACAUGUGCAUGCGCAACCCUUGCGGCGCGGGGACGAACAUGGUGGCGAUCGACACCAACGGGGAUCUGUAUCCGUGCGAGGAGAUGGUCGGCAAGCCCGAGUUCGUCCUGGGCAACAUCGACACGGACGAUCUGAAGCAGUGCCUGGAUACGAGUCCGCUGAUGGGCCAGUUGCGGGCUCGUCAUGUCGAUGAGAUCGAGGACUGUCGGGUGUGCCCGUGGAAGCAGAUGUGCCACGGCGGAUGCGUGCACAAAAGCUACACCCACUUCAAGGUCCUGGACCGGGAGUCGGAGCACUGUGCCUACUACAAACGCAUCUAUCGGGAGCUGAUCUGGAUGGAGCGGGAGGCACCGGGCACCUGGCAAAUCCUCAGUCCGAGUCCUGCUGUCGCAUGA